GAUCCGGGGGUCCCGGCAGCUUCUAGUAGGUUCCAGAAGGCGGCGCGUGCGGUUGGGAACGCGGAGCGGACGGAGUCGAUUCAACGGGGUUCCGGGCUGGGCUAUGGAGCAGGUAAAUGAGCUAAAAGAGAAGGGCAAUAAGGCCCUGAGUGCAGGCAACAUUGAUGACGCGCUACAGUGCUACUCUGAGGCCAUUAAGUUAGAUCCCCAGAACCACGUGCUCUACAGCAACCGCUCAGCGGCCUAUGCCAAGAAGGGUGACUACCAGAAGGCUUACGAGGAUGGCUGCAAAACCGUAGACUUGAAGCCUGACUGGGCCAAGGGCUAUUCACGGAAAGCAGCGGCUCUUGAGUUCUUAAACCGAUUUGAAGAAGCCAAGCGAACCUACGAAGAGGGUUUAAAACAUGAAGCAAAUAAUCCUCAGCUCAAAGAGGGCUUACAGAAUAUGGAGGCCCGGUUGGCAGAGCGGAAAUUCAUGAACCCUUUCAACAUGCCCAAUCUGUACCAGAAGUUGGAGAGUGAUCCCAGGACAAGGACGCUGCUCGCUGAUCCUACCUACCGGGAACUGAUAGAGCAACUACGAAACAAGCCAUCUGACCUGGGCACGAAACUGCAGGAUCCCCGGAUCAUGACUACUCUCAGUGUCCUGCUGGGGGUCGAUCUGGGCAGUAUGGAUGAGGAGGAGGAAGCUGGAACACCUCCCCCACCUCCUCCUCCCAAGAAGGACACGAAGCCAGAGCCAAUGGAAGAAGAUCUUCCAGAGAAUAAGAAGCAGGCGCUGAAAGAGAAGGAGUUGGGGAAUGAGGCCUACAAGAAGAAAGACUUUGACACAGCCUUGAAGCACUACGACAGAGCCAAGGACCUGGACCCCACCAACAUGACUUACAUGACCAAUCAAGCAGCCGUGUACUUCGAGAAGGGCGACUACAGUAAAUGCCGGGAGCUUUGUGAGAAGGCCAUCGAAGUGGGGCGAGAAAACCGAGAAGACUAUCGACAGAUUGCCAAAGCUUACGCUCGAAUUGGUAACUCCUACUUCAAAGAAGAAAAGUACAAGGAUGCCAUCCAUUUCUAUAACAAGUCUUUGGCAGAGCACCGAACCCCAGAUGUGCUCAAGAAAUGCCAACAGGCGGAGAAAAUUCUGAAGGAACAAGAGCGGCUGGCUUAUAUCAACCCUGACUUGGCGUUGGAGGAGAAGAACAAAGGCAAUGAAUGUUUUCAGAAAGGGGACUAUCCCCAGGCCAUGAAGCAUUAUACAGAAGCCAUCAAACGGAAUCCAAAAGAUGCCAAAUUGUACAGCAAUCGCGCUGCCUGUUACACCAAACUCCUGGAGUUUCAGCUGGCGCUCAAGGUGGGCAGGUCUGGGAAUGUGGAGCAGGCACUAUGGUAAUUGACCUGUACGUGAGGAAUGCGGUUUUUUUUUCUUUUCCU